AUGCAAUUGACAUGGAAAGAUAUUCCUACAGUACCUGAAGCUAACGAUAUGUUGGAUAUCGUUUUAAACAGGACUCAAAGAAAAACACCUACGGUUGUUAGGCCUGGUUUUAAGGUUACUAGAAUUAGAGCUUUUUAUAUGCGUAAAGUAAAAUUUACAGCUGAAGGUUUUAUUGAAAAGUUUGAUGACUUACUAAAAGGAUUCCCCAAUAUUAAUGAUAUCCAUCCAUUCCAUCGUGAUUUGAUGGAUACCUUGUAUGAAAAAAAUCAUUAUAAAAUUUCCUUGGCCGCUAUUUCCAGAGCCAAAACUUUGAUUGAACAAGUUAACAGAGACUAUUCUAGGUUAUUGAAAUUUGGCCAAUCUUUAUUUCAAUGUAAACAAUUAAAACGUGCAGCCUUAGGUAGAAUGGCUACCAUUGUUAAAAAAUUAAAGGAUCCAUUAGUGUAUUUGGAACAAGUUAGACAACAUUUGGGAAGAUUACCAAGCAUUGACCCAAACACUAGAACUUUGGUUAUCUGUGGUUAUCCAAAUGUUGGUAAAUCUUCAUUUUUAAGGGCUAUUACUAAAGCUGACGUUGAAGUUCAACCAUAUGCUUUCACAACCAAGAGUUUAUAUGUUGGGCAUUUUGAUUAUAAAUAUCUAAGAUUUCAAGCUAUUGAUACACCUGGUAUUUUGGAUAGGCCAACUGAAGAGAUGAAUAACAUCGAAAUGCAAUCUAUCUACGCCAUCGCACAUUUAAGAUCUUGUGUUUUAUAUUUUAUGGAUUUGUCUGAGCAAUGUGGGUUUACAAUUGAAGCUCAGGUCAACUUAUUCCACUCCAUCAAACCAUUAUUUGCUAAUAAAUCAGUUUUGGUUGUUAUAAACAAAACUGAUAUCAUUAAACCGGAAGAUUUGGACGAUGAAAGAAAAGAAUUACUUUCUUCCAUUGAAAACGUACAGGGUGUUGAAAUUAUGACUACUUCAUGUAUUGAACAAGAAAAUAUCAUGGAUGUAAGAAAUAAAGCCUGUGAAAAAUUGUUAACUUCUCGUAUUGAAAAUAAAUUAAAAUCUAAUUCUAGAGUGUCAAAUGUCUUGAAUAAAAUACAUGUUGCUAAACCACAACAACGUGAUAACAUACAAAGAGCACCAUACAUCCCAGAUACUGUUAAAAUUUUACAGCAGCAGCGAGAUGAUAGCACCCAACAAAAUGAUAGAAAAUUAAUGCGUGAUAUCGAAGCUGAAAAUGGAGGCGCUGGUGUGUUUAACAUCAAUUUAAAGGACAAUUAUAUUUUGGAAAAUGAUGAAUGGAAAAAUGAUGUCAUGCCUGAAAUUUUAGAUGGUAAAAACGUGUAUGAUUUCUUGGACCCAGAAAUUGCUGCCAAAUUGCAAGCUUUGGAGGAAGAAGAAGAGAGACUUGAAAGGGAAGGUUUCUAUGAUUCAGAUGAUGAUGAGGGCGAUGGUGCUGAAACUUUUGAAGGACACAGUGCUGAGGAAGUUGCUGAAAUUAGAGCUAAGGCUGCUUGGAUUAGAGAUAAACAAAAGAAAAUGAUUAUAGCUGCCAGAAACAGAAAGGCAUUGAAAAAUAGGGGUACUAUGCCACGUUCGAAAUUGAGUAAAUCAUUCAAAGAAAUGGAAAAACAUAUGGACUCUUUGGGUCAUGACAUGAGUAUUCUACAAGAUAAGCAGGCUGAAGCUAAAUUUAAGAGCAAAUCCGUUGAGACUGGUGCCGAUGUAGUCAUGGGCAGCAGUUUAGCCGCCGCUUCUGCUAGUGGUACUAAUGGUGGUACAUUAACACAAUCUGAUAGGUUAGUCGAUGGUAUUGCCGAUGGGUCUAUGAGAUCUAAAGCUGAAAGGCUAUCUAAAUUGCAAAGAAGAGAAAGAAAUAGACAAGCUAGACAAGGUGAAAGUGAUAGACACAUUGGUGCGUCAUUACCUAAACAUUUAUUUAGUGGUAAGCGUGGUAAUGGUACAAAUGAUUAUCGUUAA